AUGGGUAAUAUAGAUAGUGUCUCUUUUCGACAUUCUUCAUCUGUUCGAACAUCUUUGAAUUCCAUAGCUCCUCUAUAUCAAGCAUGUCAUGAUGGUGAUGAAGAACGAGUUCGAACUCUUUUACAAAAAUAUUCUUAUGGUGAUUUAAAUCAACAAGAAUUUUCAUAUGAUGGCAACACAUGUCUGCAUGUUGCUGCUGCAAAUGGCCAUGAUAAUAUUGUCCAACUGUUACUUAAGCAUGGUUGUUAUCGGUCGUCUAUUCUUAACUCACAGAAUCAGAGUGCUUAUGAAGUAGCAGCAUUGAAUAAGGAAUCUACACGUUUGUUAUUUCUUCGUCACGAAGAAAACAAUUCAUUGUCGAAAGAUUCUUCACGCUUUUUUGAACAAAAUGCAUUGGACUGUUUUGAUAUCAUUAAAGUUGAAGAUAAUUUAGACAACGAACGUGACAAUGAUAGAACGUCAGCAACAGUGCAAGCAACAACGAAUGUACAAACAUUCAAGACUGAAGAAGAAAAACAACAUGAAAUUGAAUAUUCUGCAAGUUCAAAAGCUAUGUGUCAAUCACGUUUUUGUCGUUUUUGUGUUAAUAAUUUUCAUUCUGAUAAGCCCUUAGAUCAUCGUUCGAUAACGAAACGCUUAAAUAAUUUAUUAGAAGAAGUUAAGAUCAGUAAUUCUGAUGAUUAUGCCAAAAUAGAUGAUUUAAUAAAGCAAUAUGAACAACAAGAAGAUUUCAUCGAACAAUUGCUUCAUUUAUAUACGCUGGAAACAAAAUUUUAUCAUAUAUUAAGAACAGAUUGUUUACCAUUAGCGAUACCAUUAUUUAUACAUUUACCAAAGUUAAGAGAACGAUUUUUUAAAGGACGUGUUUAUCGUGGUAUGCAUAUGACAUGUGAGCAAUUAUUAACCUACCAAAUAGCUAUGGAAAUACCAGGAACAGUUUUACAAACACGUUCAUUUUCUUCAACAUCUAUGAAUCGUUCGGUUGCCGAAGAGUUUGCAUAUGUGAAAAAAAAAGAUAAUGAUAAAGAACUUUGUGUUUUAUUUAUAUUUGAUUUUCCUGAUGUUUGCGAUCAAGCUAUUAAUCUUACUAGAAUAUCAACUGAUAGACCGUGUUUAAGUGAAUAUGAAAAUGAACGAGAAGUACUUAUUUUACCAUGGACUUUAUUUGAAGUAAAACGUGUACGAAAAGCAUCCGAUGAAGAUGAUUUAUGUACUAUACAUUUAACAAAUAUUAUAAUUCCGAAGAAAAAUAUUUUCUCAACAUUGAAAUGGAGUUAUGCUGAAUUUAAAAAGAAAAUCAUCAAAGAAAGAAAAUUGCAAUUCGAUUGUGCUUUUCAAAAGCAUAAAACAUCAUUGAAUAAAAAUUAA